AUGUUCAUCUUUAUUUUAAAGAAGGUCCACCAAAAAGAAAAAGAAAAGACUGAAUGUGUGUUUGAAAUCAAACUAUCAAAUAUCAAAUUUAUAUCCCUUGGUGACGGUGUUGAAGUUGAUAAAAAAGAAAUCAAUUUUGGAGAUGAAGAACGUGUGGAUGUUGGUGUUAAAAUACGAGAACUUCUAUGUGUUGGCAACAGUACUAAACAUAACAUGAAAGUGCAACUUACAACCAAAAGUGGCAAUUACAAAUACACACUUGAAACACAGCCAAAUGUAGUUGUACUCGAAAGUGGGUUUGCGUGUGAAUUUGAAAUAUUUCUGACUGUUGAAUGCACCACAACACUUUUCGAGCAAAUGUUGAUUGUAACAAAUUCGUAUAUAAAAGAUGUGCAAAAAACAAAGAAAAUUGAGUUCACUGCAACUUCAAAAUUGACAACGCGACUUGAUUACCAUGAAUUAAAAGAAGAGAAAAAGCUUGGGGAAGGUUCAUUUGGGAUAGUCUUUUUAGGUGAAUUUAGAGGCAACAAAGUAGCAAUUAAGAAGAUGAAACUGAGUGAUAGUGAAAGUAAAAUGCAAGAGUUUAGAGGUGAAGUGGAGAUGUUAGAUAAGUUCCGAUGUGACUAUUUAGUUCACUUCUAUGGUGCUGUAUUCAUUCCAAACAAAGUGUGUAUGGUCACCGAAUUCGCUCAAUAUGGAUCUCUUCAAGACUUAAUAAACCACAAAUUAUCAAGUGAAAUCGAUAUGAAACUUCGUCUUAAAUUGUUAGUCGAUGCUUCUGAAGGUAUUUCAUAUUUACACGAAGCAGGCAUUUUACACAGAGACAUCAAGCCAGACAAUAUUUUAGUUUUUUCAUUAGAAAACAGCAGUAAAGCCAACGCAAAAAUUACCGACUUUGGGUCUUCGCGCAAUAUCAAUUUACUGAUGACAAACAUGACCUUCACUGCUGGAAUCGGAACACCAAAAUUUAUGUCUCCUGAAGUGUUAAAUCGGCAAAAAUACUCAAAAGGUGCCGACGUGUAUUCCUUCGCCAUUACAAUGUUGUGGUGUAUAACAUGGACUGAUCCAUUCCCCCAGACGGUGUAUCACUACGCUUGGAGUAUCGCAGAUGACAUUUCCGCCGGUAAACGACCUCAAACACUCAACUUAUUAUCUCACAAUACAAAGUCGAUAAUAGAAAAAGCGUGGCAACAAGAUGAACAUAAAAGAAGUUCAAUACAACAAGUGAGGAGUGAGUUACAGACUCUCUUAUUAGACUCUACUAUAGUAUAG